AUGUCUCGACAUGUUGCCAGCCAGGACAAAAGAAGCUUCUCGAGCAUCCUUCUCCGUGACGGCACAACCUACUUUUUCACGCUACUUAUCCUAAGCAUCCUGCAUGUGGUUUUCACUGUGGAUUCGAUCGCUACUAACGAAGUAGGGGUUGCGAGCGUAUUACCCCUAUUUGAGGAACCGCUCACCUCCAUACUUACUUGGAGGUUCCUUAUCAAUCUGCAAAAGGCCAAGAACAGGCUGGCUAGCUCUUCCCGCUCGAUGGCACAGAUGUCGGACCCGUGCUUCGUAUUGCAACCACCCGUAGCCGAUAACCUCGACGGGUUCAUUGGAUCACUCGGAACCAGGCUCAUAUUUCAUGAAAAUACCGAAGACGAGGACAUGAGCCAGUACUAG